GCUGCCAGCCAGCCGUCCGUCCUUACGUCCGUCCGUCCACCGUUUGGGAUCUAUGGUUGUGUCGGUGGAUUUCGUGACGUUAACCUGGCGGCCCUGAAAACGUUGGACUGACCGUACGAUUUUCGACUUACCCUUAUCGUUCGGGUCGUGAAUGUAAAACGCGAGUGUACCGUUUCUUUUUUUCGUUCCAAUCACCAUAGGCCGUCGCAACUGGAGUUACACGCACGGACUAGUUUCGGGUGUCGUCUCGACGGACUUCUGCGCGCUCUUGGCGAUACACGAUAUGUUUCGCAACGCGAGUGUUUCCUCGCGAAGUUCUUUUUCCAUCGGUGCACGGAGAAUCGACGGUUUUAUAAUGGUGUCCCCGGAGCAGUGGUGAGAGUGCUGGAGAGUAUUCAAGAUCCUGAAAUAGCGAAUCUAAUAAUAGGCAGAUAUCUUAUUCCGACCACUUUUCGUGUGAACUUGAAGAGAUAACAACGUGCAGCGUGUGAUUAAUUAACGAAGCAAAAUCGAACACUGCCGGGGCCAUUGCCGCUGCUGCCAUUAUCACCACUACAAGAACGAAAUGAUGUCCAAAAAUGAAAUAUCCCUAUACGUCAAGUAACUCGUGCACCAGUUUCAAAGUCAUGGUUGAACAUUGACAAGAGAGAGAAAGAGAGAGAGAGAGAGAAAGAGAAAGAGACAAAGAAAUUACCGAUUCGAAAAGCGUAGGAAGAUCUGCACCCCAAAAUAAAAAAAAAAAAACUAAUGGAAACGAAACGAAGGAAAUAAAAGAGAAAUAAUAAUUGAGUGGCAUGAACUUUCAGAAGAAGAGAGCAUCGAUUCCGGAGCAUCGAUUCAUGCAAUCAGUCGUCGUCGUCAGUUAGUCAGUCGCGCUGAACUGUGUGAUAUUUCUUGUUCUACCAUCUUGAAAGUUAUCCGAUUUCUUUCUUCUGGGAGCGCGUUGGGUCACGUGUGCCGGAAGCGUGCACGGUGCGUGCAUCGUACACGCACUGUGCAGGGGUGUUGCAAAGCGAAGGAACAUCGGCUCGACGGUGCAAAGUCAAAAUAAAAAUAAACGCCAGGAUAGUUAGCACGUUGGUAACACAGGAUAGAAGAACUGCAUGAUGAAAGCGAGUUUGACGAUAAAUUUGUUUUAUUGCGGGAGUGAUAACGAGUGGUGUAGCAGCAGCAGCUGUAGCGGUGGCAGCAGUAGCAACGAGAAUCCCGGAAGAAAUACAAAUGACACUGGUAACAGUAAGAAAAACGGAUAUGACAAUGAUUAUUUCAGUGGUUUCGACGAUAAAUUGCGAGUGGGAUACAGUGUGGAGGUUGUUGAGUGUGAGCCACGUGGCAACAGUGAUGAUGAGAUUGUUGAGCCGUUGCGUUUCAGCGAGGUGUGCUCGCACUGAUUUGUGAGUGCUAGCAGAGAAAGAGAAAGCGGGAAAUAGAGAGAUAGAAGCCACCAAGACUCUCGUGGAGAGCGGGGCACUGAAAGAUAUGCGGACUUUUGUGCGAACAGCUGAACCGGAAGUUGUGAGAACAAGUGGAGUGCAACGUGCUCCGCCUAAUCGGUGAUAGGAAAUCGUCGCUGGAGCAACAGCGUAAGAAAGAAGUUUGAAAAAUUCGUCAAGUUGUGUACGAAACCGAGUGUUGUGGAACGCAUGAAAGUGUACGUAAGCUAGCAGGAAGAGGAAGAGAGAGAAACGAAAACAGAAAAAAGAAAAAAAGAAAGAAACGAAAGAAAAGAAGAAAAAAAGAAAACAACAAAACAGAAAAAGAACCAACAACGAAGAGAUGAAGAGAAGACAGUGUGAGUAGCAGUGGAAACGAGAGGGCAAUGAUAAAGAAAAAGAAAGGAUCUACAAAGGAAAUAGCUUAGUGAGAGAAGAGAAACAAAAAGUUCGCGCAACGUACAGUAUAAUGUGGAGUAGCGUGUUUCGCAAAAGUUUUUAAAAAGUCGAUAUAGAAUUUAUAAAUAGAUCGGUUGGUAUACUUACAUAUGUGCACGCGUACGCAUGUGUGCGUGAUUACGCGCGCACAUGUACGUGAUUUUCACUCGAGACUGAAGCGGUGAAUUAUUCUCGCACGGAUCGACUACUCGUGGGGGAAAUUCGAGAUCCGGCUUACCUUCCAUAGCUGACGUCAUUACCGUACACAAUGCGCUAGGGGUGAUGGAGACAGUGAGCAAGCAAGUCCAAGUAGUGAGCGGACUGGGGGUGGGGGGUCCGGUGGGCCCUGUGGGUCCAGUGGGGGCAGAUUUGCAUCACCAUCAUCAUCCUCACCCCCACUCUCAUCCUCCACACCCACACGCCCACCCCCACGGUCAUCCUCACGGGCCCCAUGGCCACUCACUGGUCGGCGUAACGUCGACCCCUGGCAGGGGUCAGACACAACCACCGGUCUCGCAUAACCAGCAUUUACCCGCGAGAUCUACUCCGGUACAGCUGCAUAGGCCGACGCAGAAUUAUGUCAACAUCAAGAGCAGCAGCCCUGUGUCUCCAAGAACGAUAGGAGCAGGAGUGACGUACGUGCAGGGUGGUGCGGCUGCAUCUUCAGCAGCAGCAGCAGCAGCAGCAGCGGGAACAGCUGGAGGUGGAAGUGGUGGAGGUCCUUCAAUCGGAGGAGGCGGUAGCGGUAGCGGCGGAGGUGGCGGUGGUAUUAACACCGGUGGCGCGAACAGCGGAGCAGGAGUCGUUGGGGCUGGAGCUGGUGCUGGUCCGGUUGGGAACGUAGUACCAGCUGGAAAUGGUAACAGCAACGGUACCAGUAACAGUGUCGGCGCGGGGAGUAAUAGUGGCGGGAACAGCGGUACAGUGGGUGGUGCACCAGGAGGUUACGUCGCUGUGCCCAUGGCGGGCAGCUUGCGAUAUAUCCAUCCGUAUCAGUCGACGCCAACGUCGGCGUCGGUGCCGGCUGUAGCGACGAUGGUCACCUCGGCCUCAUCGGCACCGACUCCAGUACCAGUUCCAGCACCCGCAGCUGCACCUGCCAAUCCACCUACAGUCAGUCAAACGCCACCACCAUCGCUCUCGGGAACUGUUUAUGCCGCGAGAGAUGCAUAUCGCAGCGCCACCACCAAUGUGAACGAGAGGAUCGCCAUCAGCGUGAGCAGCAGUCCUCUGUCGCAGAUAGGAGUCGGUGUCGGAGUAGUUGCAGCCGAAUAUGCGGCGAAUAGCGGUAUAGGUAGUGGUAUGGCCGGUGGAAGAGGGGACAGACCGAGGAUAUCUCUUUUGCCACCUGCUUCGGUAACACCGACACCUUCACCGACAGCACCAGAUUACCAGCACGUAUCCAGUGCAAGAAAUUCACGAAUAGCCCUGAUGCCCGUCCAGCCGGAUCAGUAUUGUAAUCGUACGGCCGUUGAAAUGGCCAAUCUACAGGAGGCGCCACCUUUCAAGAAGAUACGCCUCAGCCAGCCAACCCAGAUUCAAUUGCAGUCCCAAUCGCAAUCUCGCUGUCAUAGUUUGUCACCCGCUGAUCCGUGCGUUAAGCAGGAACAUGUGGUGCAGUUGCAGCAACCGCUUAGGAUAGACACUAGGCCGACAACAGAAGCGUAUACGCCGCAAACUGAAGCGAUAUCACCUACGCUUCCGGAACCAAACACGCAAGAAGAUGCGCAGUUCAGAAGCACUAAGGACGAUCUUCUGCAACAAAUCUCCAAGGUGGACAGAGAAAUUGCAAAAAGGGAGUCUCAGAUAAAUAAGCUUCGGAAAAAGUUAAAGGAAUUGGAGGAGACGGCUAAUAAACCUCUAGAAGCUAGCGGUCUCAAACGACAAGUUGAGGAACAAUCUCAGCAACCAAAGCAUCAAUCUCUGGCACAAAAAAUAUAUGCUGAAAAUAGGAGAAAGGCAGAAGAAGCUCAUAGACUUCUAGAGAGGCUGGGUCCUAAAGUGGAACUACCUUUGUACAAUCAGCCAUCAGAUACAAGUGUGUAUCAAGAAAAUCGAACAAAACAUCAAACGUGUAUGAGAGCAAGACUUAUAGCGAGGCUUCGACGAGAACACGCUGAACGCGCAUCCCUUCAUCGACAACAGUCACAAACGUACGCUAUUUUGGUACAGGAAUGGCAUCGUAAAGUAGAGCGAUUGGAAGCGACGCAGAAAAGAAAGUCGAAAGAAGCGAAGAAUCGCGAAUUCUUCGAGAAAGUGUUUCCAGAAUUGCGGAAACAAAGGGAAGACAAAGAGCGUUUUAAUAGAGUCGGUGCUCGUAUCAAGAGUGAAGCUGAUUUAGAAGAAAUUAUGGACGGCCUUCAAGAACAAGAGAUGGAAGAUAAAAAGAUGCGUUCGUAUGCAGUAAUACCUCCAUUGUUAUUGGAUACAAAGCAAAGACGAAUCGCAUUUCAGAAUCGAAAUGGUCUUCUUCAGCCUGAAGAAUUAGAAGCGCUUCACAGUGAACGAAAGUUAAUCAACGUAUGGAGUUCUGUGGAGCAUGAAUUGUUUAAAGAAAAAUAUUUACAACAUCCUAAAAACUUUGGAACGAUAGCUCAAUCUUUAGAACAUAAGUCCGUUCCAGAUUGUGUACAUCAUUACUACCUCACUAAAAAAGCAGAAAAUUAUAAGCAGCUCUUGAGAAAGUCGCGGCAACGAACACGUAGUUCUCGAAAUAAUCCUAAUAAUAAAGUAAAUAAUACCAGUUCAAAUAUUGGAACUUUAGACAUUUUAACUACGGGUGUUACGACAAGGUUGCAACGUGAGCAACAGCAAAAAACACAAGAGAAUCCUCAAAAUAGUUCGACAGCGACAUCAACUACAACGACGACGACGACUACGACUACGUCAAGUGUAUCAACGGCUGGUGCAACAACAAUAGUGACCACUUCGACAACUCCUUUAAGUUCAUCAACGUCGAGUAUAUGUUUAACAACGGACUCUGUAAUAGCAUCAACGACUGUUACAACGACAUCAGGGUUGAGCACCAUAACAUCAUCUGUCACAACGUCGUCGACAACAAACGUGAAAGAUAACAGGGAAAUCAAUAAGGAAAACAAAGAAAGUAAAAUGGAGUCGAAAGAGACGCACCUUAUCAAAGUGGAAGUGAAAGAAGAGCCGCAAUUAAGUUCCGAAACGGUGUCAGGAAAGGACGUCAAAGUAAUGGAGGCAAGCAACGGCGGUGGUGGAAGCGUGGUGACGAGCAGGAUAAAGGAGAAGAAAAAAGAUAACCACGCCACCCCCAUGGAAACCAGCGACGAGGAAGCUCAGUCGAUGGAUACCAUUGAAACUGGUAGACAAAUCGGCCCCCACGCCUGCACCGUUUGCCAGAACAUCGUCGAGGGGAACACUCAGAGCAGAGCGUUGCCACGAAGUCAAGCGUCUCAGUAUGGUCUGCGAGAGGAUCAGGUCGCGCCUGGUGCACGCGUGUGCAACACCUGCAGGUGCAAGGCUGUCAGAGGACGGUACACCGCGUGUCCAUUGCCCGGUUGCCCGAAUUUGAACAACAGCUCCAAGACCAGGGUCAAGAGGCUGCGAGCUUUGCCCGCCAAAUGGCUCGAUUUACCUCCCGAAAUUCGCGAUCCAAUUAUUCAAGAAUUUCAAAUACCAAGCAACGUGACGAAAUGUUGCUCGGCCUGUUUCAAUCGAAUAUCCCGACGAUUGGCGCCGCAUCUAACCGGUGGUAGCGAAGUACCCGAGGACUCGGUCGACUCCCUUGCACGACAGUGGACGGAAGAGGAACUGGAACAACUGAGGAGAGCCCUCCGAGAGCACGGCACCAACUGGAUGAAAGUCGCCGAGCAAGUAUCUGGAAAGACAAACCAUCAGUGCAAAAAUUAUUAUUUUGCCUAUCGGAAGAAGCUGAGUUUAGACCAGGUUGUUGCAGAAUAUUAUCAGUCGUUAGGCGAGGAGAGGAGACCUUGUCUAACAGACGAAGAAGAAAGUGGUAGCAGUACUAGUAGCUGUGACGAAUUGGCGGUUCACGAUUCGAGUGAUACAGCCAGUGCAGGCAGUCCAGCGAACAAUUUAUCCAGUGGAGCACCAGGAACACCCGGUGUCACGGCAGCCUCGAAUCUGCCAAUGUCUUUCUCACGAUCGACAGACCAAAAGCUCGGUGAUAAGUUGGCGGAUAUCGCUGUGGUUUCAUUGGUACCACCGGUGAGCAUAGGUCCAUCACAACAGUCUUCCACCAGUGGAAGCAGCAAUACUGCUUCGGCUGGCACUAGAGAAGAUUAUGAUAGUUCUGCCACGGAGACGGCGGACGAGGGUCAGGGAGGCACCGAUUUAGAAAACAGCAGUGUGGUCGUUACGUUAACAACUGCCAAUAACUCCACACCACAGCACCAGCAAUCACAUCAACAAGUGCCACCGCCUUUGCAUUCGCCACCAUCGACCACCAGCAACUCCAAUCCUCUCACCGUGAAGGAUCUGAUGCUUGGUGUUAUUGAAAUGCAAUUGAAGCGCAAUCCUAACAGUCCAGCUGGUACUGGUGGUUCUUCAGUACCAGUCAACUCUGGAACACCAACGAUAUCGAGUAUAUUGAAAACGGAUCACAGAAACGAUAUCACCUUUGUAAGAGAAUAUAAACCGUCGUCCACUAUGGCGAACACUACUAUGCCAAGGGAUUCGAAUUUGGCUACUUUGUCGGUGGUGUCUGGUCCUCACCAUGGACAUCGAUCUGCUCCUAGUCCUCAGCAAAUUGGUCAAAUGCAAGCAACAAUUACCCCGUGUCCACCAGUGCCAUCGAGUAGUCAAUCGUCGACAUCGGACAUACUUCCAAAGGAAGGAUUAGUCGUGAUGCAAGUACAGCAAGCGCUACGGGAAAGCACUGAGGGCACUCUGGAUCUGAGCAUCAAGAAACCAAGGCAGCAACAAGAAUACAAUCAUUCCUUGCAGACGCUUCAUAAACCACCGACGGUUACACUCUAUCGCCCGGAGCCUCCUCCAGGUGCUUACUAUCACCCUCACGCUCCUCAUCCGGAACAACAAGGACGGGGCGCAAAGAGUCCUCUAGUGUACGCGUCGUCACCACGACCUCAAGCACCUCUUACACCUAAAAUGAACAAAGUCGCGGUACCACCGCCACAUCCAAAAUUGUCACCAAAGUUGAGCACGAUAGGGACAACGAGCCACAAAAGCGGUUCCAUUACGCAUGGCACUCCAGUGUCCAGUGCACGUUAUGAGGGUCUUCUCAGACAGAUGACUCCUCCAGGAAACCCUGGUAACGCCGCUGGGACGCCAAACGUGACCAGCGGCGCGAGUGCCGUGAACGCGCCAAACAAUCAAGGACCUAAAGAAACAGGAUCCAUAACUCAAGGAACGCCUGUUCAUCCUUUCGCGGUGGAUAAGCGCGCGCCAAUGUACGAUUAUCACAGAACCAUCAGACAUUCGCCCGUAACGACGGGCAAUAUCCCUGGCCAGGGUCAGGCCCAAGCCGGAACGGCAGCAGUGGUAGUGACCCAUAGCAAUCAAUAUAAUUCUUACUCGGGACGACCGCCUCCUAGCUACACCAUGGAGCAGCAACUUUCGUCGAGGCAGAUAAUCAUGAACGAUUAUAUAACCAGUCAGCAGAUGCACGCACGUAGUCGAAGUGCUGGCACAUCCGAGGGUAGCAGUAAAAACGAGGCGCCAUCCACGUUGUAUUACACCAGCACACCUCCGCCGCAAACUCACACGCAGCCUCGACAGGGUGUGAUACAGAGACACAACCCGCAGAAGCAGAUUCAUUACCCACCUCCACCACCGGGGCUAGAGGCGUUCUCCAGUUUGGUAGACGUCGCUGUGCAGCAACCAAGUCUUCCGGUUCCCCAUCCGCACGGGCAUCCUGCGUCUGGUAGCAGCAGUCACGAAGGUCUUGGUAAGACUAUGGCGGAUAGACUGUUGGCUGAUCGUUACGGGGACAAGCAUCGUCUAGCCAUGCAUCAGGAUCACAGAAUGGCUGUAGCUCACCAUCAUCAGCGUGACAGAGAAAGGGAACGAGAUCUAGUUCACCUACGCGAGAAAGAGGAGUACAGAUUGCAGAGAGAGAAGGAGAUUCAGCAGCAGGAGCACAGACUAGUUCAACAGAGGGAGAAGGAUGUGCAGCAUGCUGAUCACAGGCUAUCGAUACAGCAACGAGAGAAAGAUAUACAACACACCGAUCACCGUCUUACCGUCCAUCAACAAAGAGAAAAAGAGAUUCAUCAGCAGAUGGCAGUAGCUGCUCAACGCGAGAAAGAACACCAAGAGCAUCGGUUAGCUGUGCAACAGCAAAGGGAGAGAGACCUGGCGCAUUUACAGCAACAACAGCAGCAACAACAACAACUUCAACAGCACAUUCAACAGCAAAGGAUGGAAGCUGAGAGAAGACACAUGGCUCAGCUGUACAGAGAUCAACAGCAGCAACAGCUAGACAGAGACAGCAGGUUAAUAAGCAGCGGAUUUUCUCAAUCCGCGAGACUUCAACAACCACAACAAUCUCAGCAACAACAGCAGCAACAACAGCAGUCGUCCUCCAGGCAGAAUCAAUCCUCCAGUCAACAACAGAACGAAUCAGCAUCCACGUUAACUGCUGCUAGUUUGAUUGAUGCUAUUAUAACACACCAGAUUAAUCAAAGUGUCGAAAACACUGGUGGAAAUUCACAACCGCAACGACCCGGGGAUCGUCUUUUCCAGGAAACUUUUCAGGGAUUUCACCGGGAGGCUCCAGUAGAACCAAAUGGAAUGGCUCACAGUCCGGCUGGCGAUGGAAAUAGCGGCAACAGCGGGGCCGGGAAUGCAGGCGGCAAUGGAAGUGGAAACAAACCAAUUACCCUUGGAGAACACGUUGAUCAUAUUGUUUCGAAAGAUUACGGUCCUCCGCAUUCCUCUUAUAGAUCAUAUAGUGGGUAUCAAAUGGAAGAUCAAUGGAAGAGACGAAAAGCCAACGAGGCCGAUUCCGUUAAGACCGGAGAUGAGCGUCAGAUAAUUCGAGUCACGCAACAGCAGUCACAGCAGCAACAACAGCAACAACAGCAGCAGCAGCAACAACAGCAGCAACAACAGCAGCAGCACCAGCAUCAGCAGUCAGCAUCGUCGAUAGGAAAGCAACAGUUCCAUUCGGUCGAGCCUGUUUCGCCACCAGAAGCAGGCACCAAUCACUACGGGCGUCGCCUGUACGAAACAACCACUGCCACAUCGACUUCCGGAACACCUUCCAACAAGCCACAUCUUUCACCGCUGGAUUAUGUUAAGAACAAGAUCGUCGAAGUGAUGCGUACGUCGGAGGACGACAAGGGAGGCAGCGCGGUCGAUAGAAACGGAGGGAACGUGGCGAGCGGAGAAAAGGACGAGAAAAUUGGAGGAAACGUGGAAAGUCCCUCGAGCGGAGAGAUGAUGGUCGACGAGACACCGAAUCAAACUCCUCAACCACCCACACCGGCACCUACCACCACUUUUUAUCCGUUCAGCGCUCUAGGCGUUCACACUGGCCCGCCACCGGCGCCACCACCCCCGACCUCCGGAUCAACCUCUGUAACAAAGUCCGAACAAAUGCAGGCGGAGCCGGCGCCAUUGCUUUCUGCGCAAUACGAGCCACUUUCCGACGAGGAUUGAUAGUCUAGUAAUUCGGCAACGUGUUCUGACCGACACGCUGUGGGAAUGUUUCUCUUAGGGUAUUUAUACGGUUUGUUUAUGCUCGACAAGAAUCUUAUUCAGAUUUAUGAUAAAAACUAUCGAAUAUUUCACGAUUACCAAUGCUUUUUCUCGGGCGUUAGCCACUGCGUUCUAACUGGUCGUGUUCAAUAGUUUCUUCUCGGUAAAUCAGUCUAAUAUCAGAUUUCUUUUCUCUUAUUUCCGUUCCGUUUCUUUACUUCUGAUCUCUCUUUUUCUUCUCCCCCCCCCCUCUCUUUUUUUUAUCACGAACUUUACAUCCCGGAAUUGGAGAUUAUAGAACGAUGUUUUUAAAUAGAGUUUAUUAUUUUAUAAAUUUCAUAUCCCCGUCAGUGUAUUCUUUUUAGUCGAGGAUCGUUUCUGUACUCUCUGUGUACAUGUAAAUGAUGUUGUUUUACAGAAGCAUUAUUAUUUUUUUAAUGUUCGUCCUAGCGCACGAGGAACGAUAACAGCGUAAUUUUAAUUGAUAAUUGAUAUUUUUUUACGUAUUACUUAUCCUCCGCGCUAAUAUGUACGUAAACGUUUCUGUAUAAUUACCAGCUAGAUUAAAUAUAAUUCUUUCUGUUUUCACUGCUACUUUUUUUUGUUUUUUAUGGAGGCGCUAUAUUUUUUUUCUUUUUAAGAUAUCAUUCGCUUCUAACUUAUCCACGCCGAUGAAAGGAGCACGAAGAAUUUUUUUUUAUUUUGAAAUGACGCAGAUGUAAAAUUAUGAAAUCUUGUAUAAUAUAUACAUAUAUUAUCUCGUGACACUUAAUUUCUCUUUUUUUAUUAAUUUUUUUAAAUCUGACUUUAAUGCUAAUGUCGACAACUAGUGAAAAACUGUUUAAUCGUCUUUUUGUAUGUAAUUUUGCGUUUAUUUAUAAAAAGAUAGUGUUCAUCGUACGCAAGUAUACGAUCCUUUUCAAGCAAGAUAACAAAGAUUAAUCGAAUAUAAAAGCGACCUGUGGAACGUCCAGGCUAGCCCAAGUUCACAAUGGAGACGCUUUUUUUGUACAUAAUGAAUGAUAUAUAAUCGUUAAAUGAUGAUACAACGCUAAAAAAAAUGGCAUACGUGUUUUUAUUUGGAAUGAGUCUGUGAUGUGUCUGGGAUUAUAAAAAAAAAAAAAAUCGUAGCUUCUACUGUUAUACCAGUGCGCAGAGAGCAUACUAGCCUCAAGUUUUGACAGAGUCAAUACGACGGACAUGUAAGAGACAUGUAGAAUGCAUUCUCGCACAGAUUGACAGUGCACUGUCUUACCGAGAUCACGUUUAAAUGUUCUCUCCUUGGUGAAGUGGGUUUUAAACAAAACAACAAAAAAAAAAGUGUAAUUCUAAGUGUUGUACAUAGUACACAAUAUUAAUUUCUAAGUUGAACAAGUAGGUAUAUGAUGGCUAGUUUAAUCGUAUACUGUAUUGUAAGAAUAUAGAUUAUAGCGUUAAGUGAUGUAGCUAGCAUUUAGGAAUUAGACGCCAUGAACUGAGGGAAAGAAAAACUUCCCGAACUACGGUUAUCUUAUUAAUAAUAAAAUGAAGAAGAAAAGAAGAGAAAAAGAAAGGAAGAGGAAAGAAGAAGGGAAACAUAUAUAUUAUAGGCGAUUAUAAAUGAUUCAUGGGAAAAAAAAAAUAAUCAUCCGUCACACGCAAGCGAAAAAAAAUGGAUGUGUAUUUUAUUUUAUUUGAUUGAAAUUAUAAAACCUCAAUGUACGCUCUGACUAUCAAACAAACGAGAAAAAUACAUUACGCAGUUAUACACGUUGCAAAAAACACAA